AACAAACGGGAAACCAACUGUCCGAAUAAACUAAAACGAACCGAAUACAUUUCCAUGAGAAAGUCUUUAACGUUGGAUGAGAUAUAUUUAUCAGUGUAUUAUUACCAGGUACCACAGUUUGACUAAAAUGCCCCUUUUUGGCAACAUAUUCAGCCCCAAGAAGACGCCACCCCGGAAAUCAGCAUCUCUCUCUAACCUUCAUACAUUGGAUCGAUCCACUCGAGAGAUUGAGUUAGGGCUGGAAUAUGGGGCCCCUAUUAUGAAUAUUGGGGGUCAGAGCUUGAAAUUUGAAGAUGGACAGUGGAUUACAGAGUCAGGAGGUAAUGUGUCCAGCAAGGAAGUGCAGAAACUGAAGAAGAGGAAUCUGCAAUUAGAAGAAGAAAACAACCUUCUAAAGCUUAAGAUCGAACUUCUUUUAGAUAUGCUCUCUGAAACCACAGCCGAGUCACACCUAAUGCAGAAAGAACUGGACGACAUGAAGAGUCACUCCAGACAAAAGAAGUGAUGGGAAGCGUGGAUUUGAGAUGAUUCUGUUCUGGAUGCAGUUUUUUGUGUUGUUCUUCAUAGGAAUGAUUUAUGCUAUUUAAAAAUGAGACUUCACUUCUUAUGAAUGGCACGGUGGUGUAGUGGUUAGCACUGACGCCUUACAGCAAGAAGGUUCUGGGUUCGAGCCCAGUGGCGGACUGGGGCCUUUCUGUGUGGAGUUUGCAUGUUCUCCCCGUGUCCGCGUGGGUUUCCCCCACAGUCCAAAGACAUGCAGGUUAGGUUAACUGGUGACUCUAAAUUGACCGUAGGUGUGAAUGUGAGUGUGAAUGGUUGUUUGUCUCUAUGUGUCAGCCCUGUGAUGAUCUGGUGACUUGUCCAGGGUGUACCCCGCCUCUCACCCAUAAUCAGUUGGGAUUGGCUCCAACUUGCCCGUGACCCUGUACAGGAUAAGCGGCUACAGAUAAUGGAUGGAUGGAUGGAUGGAUGGAUGGAUGGAUGGAUGGAUGGUGCUAUGAUGUUUGUGUAAUAAUUUUUCCCUUUGCUCUUUGUAUGAAUAAUAAAAUAUUUUCUUAGUCAA